AUGUCACAAACACAGAUUGCCCAAGAAGAUGUCGAGUCUCAACGCCCACCAACAUCCAGCACAGUCCGGUUCGCAGGAGACAGACCAUCCAACAUCAGUCCAACUCCCCCAUCUGAUGUGUCACGAUCAGAGGGAACUUCUCGGAGAUCCCCCAAUGAUUAUCCAGGGCCUGUCCCGACACCGGGCGUAGAUGAUACCCCCUACGUCCGGUUUGCAAUCGACCAAAUCACCCAGGAUAGAGCUCAAGGGCUCCAAAGAAACGACUCUAUUUCCACUACAACAACAAGUGACUAUCCAGCCGAUAGGCUGGUAUGGGAUGAAGGGCUCGGUUAUUUCACCCGCACACGCACCCCCAUUCGACAUGACACGCCGCCUGCGCGACCACCAUACACAUCUCCUUCACCACAGGCUUUACCCCAAAGGCCGGCCUCAGUAGACCCUGAGUCUUUCAUGGCCGUUGAUGCACCGGAGCAGAGCUUGUUGUAUCCCCCUUUAGAUUACUUGCCUCUUGUUCUUCGGCCGUGGGCUUUGGGGUUGAUGAUAUUUUGCUGUCUGGUCAUGAUGGCGGCUAUAAUCUUUUGCAAUGUUUGGUCGCGUGGUGAGGAGGGAUUAUGGAACUACGCGCGUCAAGGUGGCUCUAGGUAUUUUGUACUUCAGUUCCUGCCACAGAUUGCUGCCGCACCCAUCAUCAUCUGGUCAUUCGUCGUUCAAGCUGCGGUAUAUCGCAUAGCACCUUUUUCUAUGAUGUCCUCUGAGCGUCAGCAAGGCCUGGUAAUGCACCGUCUGCCUAUCCUCUCGAAAAACUUCGUCUUUCCUGACUUCUCCCAUUUUCGACAUGGUGAAGCCUUGUUUGGAAUCUCUCUGUUCACAAUUUGGCUAUCAAACUUCUUCGCCAUUCCUCUUCUCAGCUGUCUCUUCCAAGCAAAGUACUACAUCAUUGACGGACAGGGUGUCUGGAGAUGGGCUUCGGUUCAAUCUGUGGGCUGGACAUUGGUUGGAUUGUAUGGUGUUUUGACACUAGGCCUGAUCAUGCUUUUUGUUCGUUUCGUUAGUGGCUGGUCUGGCUUGAUGUGGGAUCCCGUCAGCCUCGCAGAUUUGAUCUCGAUCAUUCAGCGGUCCAACAUCCUCCACGACUUUGAGCACUCCGAGACAGUCCCCUCAGUGCGGGAAUCACUUGAUCCCCGCAUCCUUCGACUGGGCUACUGGAAACUCUCAAGCAAGACCGAGAUAUUCUACGGAAUUGGUGAAGUAGAUGCUCCCGUGCGCACCCCAUCUCUUCACCAAACCAGCAAAAUCAGAGAGAAGCAGCCACAUGGACUUGCCAAGGUCUGCUUUGACAUUGAGCACAAUGGUGCAUUCGCGAAUGACUCAAACGAUAACCACCUCCAUUCGCCAUCUUCCCGGUACCGCUGGACACCUUGGUUCCUGCGCAAAAUCUCAGUAUUUAUAUGGAUUAUCAUUGUCUUCGCCCUCUUCAUCGCUUUCGUCACCGUUAGCUUUGUCAACGAUGCCAUCGAGGGCGGCUUCCCUCCCAAGCUUCCAACGCUUCCAUCGACAAGUGCAUUCUCCUCCUCCAACUUCUUAUACAGCUUCCUUCCCGCCAUAAUUGGGAACGUCCUUUUCCUCGCCUGGCAACCCGUCGAUGUAUACUUCCGAGCUCUCCAACCAUAUGCCGAACUCUCAUCCGAGAGCGGCGCAUCCGCCGAACAAAGCCUUCUCCUGUCCUACCCAUCCUCCUACCCAAUCCAAGUCACUAUCCAGGCCAUCAUCAACCGCCACUUCAAAGUGGCCUGGAUUUCCCUCACGAGCCUGCUCUCCCUCGCCAUCCCAAUUCUCGCCGGCGGCGUCUUCAUUGCCCUCUGGUACCCCUCUCACGACGACAUCCGCAUCUCAGCCUUUUUGCCCGCAUUCUACGCUUUGAUUGGCGUCUGUGGUCUAUACGCCUUGUCUUUCGUGGCAAUCUGGCCGGGUCGUAGUCGCCAUCUUCCACACGAUAUCUCCACCUUGGCUGAUCUGAUGAGCUAUAUUUAUCAGUCCCCUCUUCUAUCUGAUAAGAUCCUGCGCGAGCCGAGGAGCAAGACUGACCUCGUCACUCGUCUUAUUAUUGCACCUCCCUCUGAGCGCCAGCUACCUUCGUACGGCUUUGGCAUUUAUGUCGGGCGUGACGGUAAGGAGCAUCUUGGUAUCGACCGCUUCCACCGACCCGGGCGCGGUGAUAUGCUUAUCACAACUGGCAAUACGAAAUGA